GUUGCUAUGUGCUGCUUUCUUUAAUAGUCUUUUCACAAUCUGCAUCCCCUUCUCUGCGUUUCUGUUGGCCUGAGGAUAAAGAGGACUGGAGGUUACGUGAUUGAAUUCAUGCUCAUCCUGGAGCAAACGCCUGGAACUCAUGACUGACAUAAGGAGGGCCAUUAUCAGAAACCUGAGUUAGAGGGAUGCCCUGCCUGGAAAAGAUUGACUUCAGCUGCGUCAUCACAGCUCUUGAUGUGGUACUGGACAAGAGAUAUGUUUCCGGAUAAAUGGAAUAGUAAUCUAUAACCAGAAAAUAGUCUUUGCCCUCAUAGUGAAAUACAUCAGUUCCAACCUUUUCCCAAGGCUGUGAUGGGAGCUCUGUGGUAAUGAGGGGUUCCUUUGUUUGUUUAUAGUGAUACUCCUGACAUGUUGCACACUCACUGAUCAGCUGGUCAAUAUUAGAGUUCAUGUUUGGCCAGUAGAGAGCCUCACAUGCUGUUCUUUUUUACUUUUCUGCACCCAGGUCCCCUUUGUGUAUGCUGGUGAGCAUUUCUCGCCGCAUAGAUGUGGGCACCACAAUUCCCUAACCGUUAGCCUACAUGUUCCCUUCAGCUGAAUGCUUUGCCCAUUAUAUGCCUUCAAAGCCACAGUCUUAUUUUGUAUUUUGGGUCUUACUUUGAGAUUCUGUGCAUCAUUCCAGCUUAUUAGGUUUGCCUUAGCCCCUGUGUCCAGCUUAAAAGGAACUAUGGUGUCAUUUACCAGCACAGGAGCUAUCUAAGCUUCACUCUGUGUACUUACAGAAUGCACUUCAUUUGCUUCAUCUCUGACCUGUUUUGACUCACUUUUCACCAUUCCAAUAAACAAUGCCUCUUCUGUCUCAAUAGCAUGGACUCUCUUCCUACUUACAGUUUUUUCCUCCCAAAAGCACAUCUUUGCAAAAUGAUUUCUGCCUUUACAUUUUGCACAGUUCUUUCCAUACGCUGGGCACAUGUCUAAUACCGCACCGUCUGCAGUCAUAAGGCGUCAUAUUCUUCGGCUCCACACGCCCUCUUAUGUCCUUUUUAUUUACAAUGUCCACCGACAUUGUUUUCCAGCCCAAAUGUGCUUGCAGCCAUUACUCUGGUGUAACUCCCUCCGAAUGUUUUUGCAUGUAUGGCUGAAAUUUCACUCGCGUGACAAAGUGACAAAGUUUUACUGCACCAUCGAAAGUGUCCCUAAGCAUUUUGUCGAAUAUUCCAGAAACGACUUGAUCACCUAUCAUUGAGUCCUUGAGUUGUUCAAAGUUGCACGUUUGCAUUUUCAAGUCAGUCAAAAAAAAAUAGGAUACGCCCCUGGUGGGGGAGGAAGUUGUCCGUUUAAGUCGGUCUGGAUAUAUUGAAGGCCAUUUAAUCACCCAAGCCAAUUACGGGCAGACAGUACAUGGAAAAUGAGAGAUGGGAGAGGUAUGCACAGGAUUGAAUAAUGUGAAUAGGGAUAGGCAGAGGGAGGGAUGAGGUAGGGAGGUAAAAGGAUGAGGGAGAGGGUGGGUUGCGUAAACUGAGAAACAGGACAGGAUGGGUUGACCAGGCAUAAGUAGGCUUUACAGGUGAUAAGAGGUGUGGUUGAGGCGUACAUGACAUUAACUUUUUCCAACUGAGCUCCACCCACUUCAAACCAGUAAAAACAGCAGGGACUGAAUGCAAAAAUAUAGAAAUCUCUCAUGUUGAAUCUGCAACUUUGGCAAAAAAAAGUGUGUGAUCAUGCACUGUAACCCCCAUUACUUCAAAACCUGAUUAAGAAAAUGUGUUUUCAGCACCUUUAAUAUUUAGGGUAAAUAUAAGGUAAAACAAAUUCCAUAAAAUCGAAGGUCAUUGUAAAACUUCAUAUGCAUGCCACAUACCACAAGGUCCUUGUUUUCUGACAGACUCAGCCUGACACCCCCUAACGUAACAUACAAUACAAACUAUCUUUUUUAUCACAAAUCUGCAAAGUUCAAUGCACUCCUUGUGAGUGAAUAUUGUUAUUUGCUUCCUUGUGUAGCCUCAGUCUGCCUCACCUUCUGUUUCACUUGGUGAUUUCCAGGCAACCUUUUCAAGGAUCAUUUUCCACAACUGCAGAGAACAUGUGUCAACUUGUCGCAUUCAGCAGUUGGUUUAAUACUUAGGUGGAGAUAUAUAUACCAACAGUAGAUUUUCCAGUUGAGAAAAGUGAGACAUGUAUUCUUUAUGUGAAGCACAACAUGUUUGCAAAUGGUGGUUUCUCAUCACUGUUGGUUAAAAGAAAUUAUAAUCUGCCUCCUGGAAAAGAGCCUUCCUCUAAAACCCCAUAUCAUUAAAAAUUAAGAUAGCUAAAAAAUCUUAUAAUAUAAUUCUGCAUUUCCAUCAUGCAUCUUUGUAACAGUUUGAGUGGCUGUGAACAAGCUGAGGGCAGCACAGAAAUGCUCUGUGAACUCUAAAUCUUCAGCCAUUGUGAACAUAAUCACAAGUGAGUCUUGGCACCAAUAUAGAGUUGGUCACAAUAUAUCAAAACGAGACUAAAAGAUUUCAUCUAAUAUCAAAUAAAUGAUAUUUACCCACCAUAUAUUUUACAUACAUACAUACAUACAUUUUUUAAAAUAAAUACCAUGUUUUGCUUCUUCAUUCAUUUUGUAAAAGUAGGUAUAAUUUUAAAAGAGUGGAUUUUCACACUAAAUUAUUUUAUACAGACAGUAACUGUCCCUGAAGAAAGCCUUUAAUUAUCAAGUCACAUCUUCCCCAACUUUUAAUAAACAGUUGUCAACAUCGGGGUAGUAACACAUAUCUUGCAGCUUAAACAAGUAGUAAAGACAUCACUGACAGGCGUUGAAAACAAAAACGACACAAUAUCAGUGAAAACAAAAACCAUGCUCUCUGGGAAAACAGUUUCAAUUAGGUGGAUGAAACAGAAAACUGAGUUGUGAAUCUCUUUUCUUCAUCCCUUUGAAACACUAUCUCAUCUGCGUAUUAUCCAAACUGUCUGGAACUGAUUAUGGGGACUGGACAGGAGAUAAUAAAUAUGGACUUUGUUUUUCACGAUCAAAGCAGAACCUGUGAAGUCAUCCUGUAAAUCCUGUCAUGUAAAUAAUGUAUAGCCUAGAGAGCACUCAUGGAGAGUGAAAGCAAAAGAGAGUAGAUAGGAAGACACUUGCUAAUAUACACAGAGUGAUAAAGAAAUGUGAUUAAUUGCUGUUGUGAUAACUGUGUCCCUAAAUGACUGACAUCCAGCAUUGUCCAGUAUGUGCUCAUAGUCAGUUAUCGAAAACACUGACGUAAGUACUGCACAACAGUGGACUAUAUUAUUUGCCAGACUUCAAAGGACACCUGAUGCUGCCAUAAGUGAAGCAACAGUAAGACCGGGAUUAUGUAAACACUGGCACUCUAGCUUUAAGAGUGGGGGCUCAUCUGAAAAGAAAUGGAACAACUCAACCCAGUAGGGCUGUUCUCUAAAGAAAACACUGACAGCAUAAUAAGUAUCCACUCAAACUGGCCUGUCCACAUUAGCAAGUAAAGAAAGCUGAUUUGAACAUAGAUGGGACAACUCAACCCGGCCACACUCUACUCUAAAAGGAUACCACUGACAGCAUAAUAAGUAUUCUCUGAAACUCGUCCAUGGCAGUGUAAAUUGGGAUGCAUCCCUGUGUAUCUGCUGUAAUGGAAGCAGAAAUGGUUCACACAUGAUGCCAUACCAUGCAAUAUGAUAUACCACCAGCACUUGGAGCAACUACAGAGGAUUUUAUUUGGACCAUUUUCUUGUCCCUCACCCAAUACUACUGUAGCACACUAAUGCUACCAAUGUAUUUAAAAAAAUAUUGUAAUAUUGUAAAAUGCACAGAGAACAAGUUACUGUACAGUAAAAUUAUGGGUGUGCAGUGUGUGUAGCAGUAGUGCAAAUUCGUUAAUUUCACCAUGCACCAAUUGUGCAAAUCUAUAGAUCAGGUGUUCAGUGGUACACAUUUGUACAAUACACCUGCUCACCUCAGAGACAAACUGGUUGCAGAUUAGAUACAAACAUUCCUUUGUCCUCAAGUGACCCCUCAUCCUCCAGCACAGUUUAUCCUGCUUUACUGCAGCUCUGAUAAGCUCCACUUUCUUUUUAAAACUUCUUUCUAUAAACUUUCUUGCAUGUGGACUGUCACUGUUAUGCUGUUUUAUGUGAAAAUUAGGCAAUACCCAAGUUUUAAUCUUCCAGUGUUCUUCCUGCCAUCUUAGAGCAGAUUGUUGCUUUUAUUUUUACUGAUAGUGAACUGUAGAUGUGUUCCCAUAAAGUAUAUAAUGGCACUGUGAGAGGUGGAUUGGUGGGGUUUGUGCUUGUACUGUGGAACUGCUGGUCACAACAUAUCCUCCUGCCCAGUAAGACCGCUCCGACCCAUGUACAAGCCCUCAUCGACUCCGGGUUAGCUGGUAACUUCAUCUCCGGCACCCUCUGCCGCCAGCUCCGCCUCAAGACCACACUCACGCGAGGGGGAUGAGUGGAAAACUGCCUCUGUGACACCCACCGGCCACUACGAAUAUUUGGUGACACCUUACGGCUUGGCAAAUGCCCCCUCCGUAUUCUAGGACUUCAUACGUGAGAUGCUCCAGGAGUUCCUUUAUAAGUCCGUGAUCGUCUACAUUGACAACAUCCUGAUAUACUCCCGGAGCAUGGCCGAACAUCGCCAGCAUGUUGCAGAGGUCCUGGAACACCCGAGAGACUAUCAACUCUUCCUUAAGGCAGAAAAAUGUAUGUUUCAUCAGUCCUCAGUGCAAAGACAAUCCACUGCUCCAGAAUAUCAACCUGGUCAAAAGGUCUGGCUGUCCACCCAGGACAUCAAGAUGCGCCUGCCCCGCAGAAAGCUCAGUCCCAGAUUCAUCGGUCCCUUCACCAUCCUCGAGCAGAUUAACCCGGUCACGUACAAGCUUCAGUUACCUGCACAAUACAUGAUCCAGCCUACCUUUCACGUAUCCCUUCUCAAACCUCACCACCCUUCUGUUUCUAUCUCCACAGAGCCUGGCGUUGCGACAGAACCCCCCUUGCCGCUGAUCCUGGAGGAUGGAGCCGCCUACCAGGUCAACAAGAUCUUGGAUUCCCGGCGCCAUGGUGGCAUUCUGGAGUACCUGGUAGACUGGGAGGGGUACGGUCCAGAGGAGAGAUCAUGGGUUCCCAGACACGACAUCCUCGACCCAUCGCUUCAAUACGCAUUCCACGCAACCCAUCCAGACCGACCUGCCCCCCGAGGAAGAGGACGGCCACCACAACGUCGGGGUCCCCAGCCCUCAGGAGCGUGGGGGUGUACUGUCACGGACACGCCAGGCUCCACAACCCCACAAACACAACGCACCCCCUCACCAGAAUACUAAUCAGAAACACCUGUCACUAAUCACACACCUGAGAUUCAUCUGCACCACAUCACCCCAGUAUAAAAACACCUCAAUCACCUCAGUCAGUGUCCGUUCUUGUUCGUAACAAGGACAGUACUCUGUAUCCUGCACCCCGGCGUCUCGGACUCCUGCCUAACGACAAAGAGUGUUUUCCCUUCUUCUGAGCUCCCAAUUCCUGCCCUGUGUUUCUCCUGUCUCCAGUGUGUGUAUCUUCUACCUCGGAUCUCCACCUUGGCUAGCUAAAGGACGGUAUAAGUACCAUUAUCCAUUCAUCUACUCACUGUCUGUUUACAUUGUUUGUAAUAAAUCCACCUGUGUCUCCA